AUGCACGUGAGAUCUUACAAUCUAGUAGGAGAGUUCACGGACAAUGGUGCUAUCAUAUUUCGUCGCAAUUCUUAUGACCCCAUUUACACAAUGCCUUACCCAUUAAGCUCUUUCAACAGCUACGACUAUUAUACCCCACCCAUGAUUGCUAUUUAUGACUUCCAGGCCAACCCAUACCAGGAUGCAGACUUCAAAGCUAAACUUGAAUCAGAAAUAAAUAAAUAUUCCCUCCCUAUUUCAAAUUUCAAGGCUCUCUGGGCAAUAAAGAUAACUUGGGAUCGAGUUUUACCAUAUCCUGCAUAUUUCUUCAAUGCUGCAGAGACAAGCACCUAUCAAGCUGUACUUGUCACAGACGGCAUCUUCUCGUUCUGCUUGAUGCGUUAUGCAGAUGGGGGAAUGAAAUGGAAUUAUUACUCAAUUCCUUCAAAUUACUUACCCAAAAUGGGCUAUUAUAGCGGAGACUAUUAUUAUGGUCGUCCCAACUUCCCAGCAUUCAAUGACCCACAAACAGAAUACUACACCAGUAUCCAGCAAAGGUACACUCCUGAUCAGUACAGAGGAUAUAACACAAAUAAAAAAGGCUACUGGGCAUAUCGGCUUGAAGAUAAUAAAGCAUACACAGUGAAUUCCAAGCAGCAAUGUUUGAGCUGGUACUAUAAUGAACGUAAUGUAUUCCCUUAUUGGAUGUAUAAUUCACGCCCAUGCCCUUGCUCAUACUGGCAGGCCAUAUUUGAUUCUUCCUACAGACGGGCAAGUGAUCUACAGUACUAUGGCAUACCUCAGAAAAACACAGAUUGGUAUAGUCAGUACUACAGCUUUCAGACUGCAUUUUCAACUUGGUUUGGAGGAGGAACGAGGUGCUACUACAAUUAUUGGGGUAGCUUGUCCUACGGAGAGAAAGAAAGAUAUUUACCAACUCCCUGGGAGUAUGAGAACAGCUGGUUUCGGUGGUAUAACCCAUACUAUUACUACAACUGGUAUUAUAGCUAUUACCUGUCACAGCUGCAAACAAUAAGAAGUCAAUACAAAGCAAAUGAAGUAGAUCCAUAUAACAACUGUUGUAGAUACUCUGGUUCUUCAUACCUCUGUAAUUUAUACCGAGAAAGAAGACCUUACGAUUUCUGCUUUGGGUAUAUUCCACCAAGGUUUGGAUGGCUGUUUGGAGACCCUCAUAUCAGUACACUGGAUAGUGUACAGUAUACUUUCAAUGGGCUGGGAGAAUUUACCUUGGCCAAUGUUAGAGAUGAGAAUAACACACUUAUCUUCACACUCCAAGGACGCACAGCCAAAGCUGGCAAUGGCACACAGGCAACUAACUUCAUUGGAUUGGUUGCAAAUAUUCAAAAUCAAACAACGGUGGAGUGGUUACUACAGGGCAGCAAUACAACCAUUGUGAGGAUUAAUGGUACCACGUUCACUUUACCAGAUAAUUCUACACAUUUGGAUAAGGUGUCACUGGAGAAGACAGAGAAUAAUGAAAUACAGGCUUCAUUUGAUGGUGGGAUCUCAGUCACAGUGUCUGCUAAGGUGGGAGCUUUGAGCUUUACCACAAUGCUAGAUGUUAUUUACAAGAACAAGACAGAAGGCCUUCUGGGUGUGUUCAAUGAUGAUAAAACUGAUGACCUCAUGGCUGCCAAUGGAACAAAACUGGAAUAUGACGGAGUGAAGCUCCCCAAUGAAUCUCUUAUUUUUGAAAUUGGAAAGACAUGGAGAACAACUCCUUCAAGCAGCCUUUUUAUUUAUAAUGUGACAGAAGGAGAAACCUGGGACACCUACAAUAAUAACAGCUUUGUGCCAUUGUUUUAUGAUGAGUUGCUACUGACUAGUGACCGCGAUCUUAUCGAACAAGCAAAUGCGACCUGCAAAGGGAAUGAUGAAUGUAUCUUUGACAUCCUGAGUACUAAAAGUUUUGAGGUGGGAGAGGCUACGCUGGGCAGUGUCAAAGCGGCCGAAGAACAGCAGAGCACAAUGAACAACUUCCCACCAAAUGUGACUGGGCCAACCACCCUCAAGACCAAGCUCUAUGAACCUGUGACAGUGUCCUAUACAGCCACAGAUGAUAAUAAUGACACAGUAGUCUUUUCCCUGCAGACAGACUCUUCUGAUAUCAACAUAACAGAGGGUGGACUACUGGUCUGGCUUCCCACCAGUUCAUCUCCCGUUAACGUCUCUGUAAUAGCGAAUGAUUCCAAAGUCGCUACUAAUGUUGUCCUGACUUUGGUCCUUUGCAACUGUACCAAAAAUGGCAGCUGUGUGUAUGACAGCCCGCUAAGCUUAGGGAAUGAAACCACAAAUUUCAUGGUUGCUGGGUGUAACUGUUCUGCUGCAUGGGUGGGGAUGUACUGUGAAAAGGAUUUCAAUGCUUGUGAACAGAACCAAUGUUUUGAUAACAACACUUGUGUGGACAAUAUAGCUCCAGAAACAGGAUUUAAGUGUGGCCCAUGCCCUCCUACUUUAACUGGAGAUGGAGUAACCUGUACUGGUAAGGACAUUCAUCUGUACAUUCUCUGCAUUAAUAUCAAUGAGUGUGCAGAAAACUCGACUGUGUGUCCUGGGGAAUCUCUAUGUAUCAACACUAAUGGCUCCUAUGGAUGUGUCUGCCUGCAGGGAUUUGGUGGAGCCAAUUGCUCUGAUAUUGAUGAAUGUCUGGACAACUCCACGAUCUGUCCCUCAAAUUCAACCUGUCAUAAUGUUAUUGGCUCUUACAACUGUAAAUGUGAAGUUGGUUUUGGUGGAGAAAACUGCACAGAUCUUGAUGAGUGCUCUCUUGGAACAAUCAACUGUACUUGGGCAGACUGUGUGAACACUGUAGGAUCCUAUAUAUGCACCUGUAGAAAUGGAUACACUGGUAAUGGGGUGGAAUGCGUAGAUAUUGAUGAGUGCCAAACAAAUGGUUCUAUUUGUGGAGCACACGCAUCCUGUAACAAUACCAUUGGCAGCUAUGAAUGUUCCUGCUUUGAUGGAUUUUAUUCUGUGAAUGGAACUUGUGAGGAUAUUAAUGAAUGCCUUCCUGGUGCUCUGAACAACUGUUCUGUGCACGCCAUCUGCACCAAUGUGGCCGGCUCGUACGUGUGUGACUGCAUGGUAAACUACACAGGAGAUGGUGUGAGCUGCACUGAUAUUGAUGAAUGCAGCAAUGCUACUUCCCCAUGUGCUGCAAAUGCCACUUGCACUAACCUGCUUGGUAACUACUCAUGUCAUUGUAUGCCUGGGUAUGAAGGUGAUGGCUACCAUCAGUGUAAUGGGAAAUACAACAGCUACUACAAACCCAACAACUGCAACUACAACAACUCAAAGGACAUCAUCUGCUACCACCAAUACCACAACUACAGCAAGUACAACAACCACUACCAUGAGUACAAGUGCACCCACAGGAAGCUAUGUAUGGCCAUUCCCACCAGCGAUGAUCUGCCUGCAUUGUAUAGUGAAGUACAGAGACUCACUGUAGCGCUUUUUGAAUAUGGACCAAGUGCUGGUGAUAUUGCCUAUGCCCAAAGAGGAACAGAUUUCACUUCUCCUUUGUUCCAGCCAUUGAUAGGAUUUCCCUUUGGAAACCAAAUAAGGAAGUUCCUUUAUUACACAGACAAUGGGCAUAUCAUCUUUCCAUUAUCCAGAAAUGACAUCUUCUCUUAUCCAAAUCCUCCAGUCAAUGGAUUCGAUGUGGAUUGUUUCUUGCCAUCAAUCGCUGUGUUUUGGAAUGAUGCUGAUUUCUCCAAGGGUGUGGGAAAUACCUAUUUCCAAGAAUAUCAAUCAAGAAAUAAUUCUGUAGUUCAAAGAGUUGAAGGCUUGAUUAAGAAUUACACAUCAGCUUCAUACAACGCUCAAUGGACAUUGAAGAUUACCUGGGAGAACGCUCCUGCUUAUCCAGCAACUGAAAAUGAUAACAAGACUAGCACAUACCAGGCUGUGCUGACCACGGAUGGAUCUGUCUCCUAUGUGCUGAUGCUAUAUAAAGAUGGUGGCAUGAACUGGGACCUAACUAUGCGCUAUCCAAAACCAUUGAUGGGCUAUUGCAGUGGCAACAUGGAUGGGUUUUUCAGAAGCACAUUUAUAGAAAACAAUUCAGUUUUGCGAGGUCUCACGUUAUAUAACCUGAACAGUAAACCUCUAAAUAACAAUCGUAUAACAUGUCUCAACUGGUACAAUAAUCAGCCUACACCAUCAUCAUGGAAUGCUGCCUUGCUCUCUUGCCCUUGCUUAUACAGGCAAGGCAUCUCUGAUUUCCGGUACAGAACAACAAAAGCAGGUGGGAGCAGCAUGACCACCUUGCUUCGUAGCACAUUUUCCAAUCGGCAUAAUGCUGGUGUAAGGUGCGUGUACUACCGCAGGAAUCAGUUCCUAGAAGGGUUCCAAGAAAGGACUUGGAUCUCCCCAUAUGUAAAGCCUGACGCUGAACUGGAUGCGUAUGACAUAUGCUGCAAUCAAGUGGAUGACCCCCAGUUCUGUUCAAUGUACAUGCAGAGGAGACCCUCAAUCAACUGCCGCACAUACAGACCUUUAUUUCCCGGAUGGAUGUUUGGAGAUCCUCACAUCACAACCCUGGAUGGAUUCAGCUACACUUUCAAUGGACUCGGAGAUUUUACACUCGUUCAUGCAUCUGAUGGUGAUAUUACCUUCACUCUACAAGGACGUACAGAGCAAACUGGAACUGCACAGGCAACAAACUUCAAAGCAUUUGCUGUAAAAUACAGUUCUAGCACUGCCGAUGUUACUGUGGAGUGGUAUCUCGGAAGUGAUAACAGUACAUAUACCCUUGUCAAUGGUCAGAAUGUGUCAUUCAGUUACUCAGGAGACAUUGAUGCCGACAUUAAUAACAGCAACGUAGGCGUCUUUUUCCUUAAAAAUGACUCCAUUACUGCAACCUUUGAGGGUGUUCUGUCUGUGUCAGUGUCUCAAUACUUUGGAAUGCUUACUGCUGUGUCCAGUCUUCCAAGUCAGUUCAUCAACAAAACGAAAGGAUUACUAGGUACCUGGAAUAAUGACCAGAGUGAUGACUUCAUGAGACCAAAUGGCACAACCAUCCCCUCAAACAGCUCAGAAGCAGAUAAAUAUACUUAUGGACUUCUAUGGGAAGUCAAAGAUAAUAACUUAUUUUCAACUCAGCAAAUAAAUGGAAGAAGUUAUUUUACUCCAGUUUUCUUAAGUGAUUUGGAAACUCAGUUUCCAGACCAGUAUGCAGCUUUACAAAGUACAUGCAAUUCCAAAUUAGAAUGUAUCUAUGAUGCGAUGAGUACCAACAAUACAGAGUUGGGCAAAGCAACAUUAACUGUAGCUGACACAUUACAGAAAAUCAAUGACACUUUAAAUGCCAUACCUCCUUAUAUCAUUGGCUCUACAACCAUCCAGACCUUCAUAAAUACUUCUAUUAUGGUAAAUUAUUCUUCCAAUGGAACUGAUGUGAUCUUCUCAACAGACACCAACACAAACCCGGACAUUGUGUUAUCUAAUGGUUCUCUGACAUGGAACCCAACAAGUACAGCAGGAUUUAUAUUCAACCUUAUAGCCACUGACUCCAAAGGCUAUUCAUCUAGCCUCCAGCCUAGCUUUGUGAUCUGUAACUGUGCUCUUAUUGCUGGUUGUGUUUGCAAAAACAACUAUACAGGAGAAUUCUGUGAGAACCCACCUGAUCUGUGUGCUCAAGGUUGCUACCCCAAUGUGACAUGUAGCAACACAACUGUGGACCGUCGCUGUGGACCGUGUCCAUCUGGCUUGACUGGGGAUGGCCUCCAUUGUACAGGGAAUGGCACAUCCUGUUCUUGUAGUGAAUGUGAUUCCAGCUAUUGCAACAAUCGUGGAACAUGUACAAAGAGCCUGCCAUCCUGCACUCCUGUAUGUCAGUGCCAUGAUGCAUACACUGGUCUAAAUUGUGCCACACCAAAAGACCGAUACCCAGCCCAACUGAAUGCAAUGAAUGUUAAUGAGCUAGCAAAGUAUGCCUCAUGUGAGCCGGGCUUCAAACUGAAUAAUGAAACUUUGGACUGCGGUUACAAGUGUGCUUCAUACUGUAUGAAUGAUGGAACUUGUAAAGUGGUUGAUGACAAUCCUACCUGCAGCUGUAAACCAUUUACUAUUUAUACCACUUCUGGUGAACGUUGUGAAAAUCUCUCAAUGAACCUUAAUGCAUUCUUUGGAAUAUUAUUUGGAUCUCUGGCCUUCCUGUUCCUGCUGAUCUUGGGCAUAGUCUUAGGAAUCUAUUUCUAUCGCAAAAGGAAAAGCAAGAAUGAUUAUGAUGAUACAGACGAGUUGUACCAAACACAAUUUAACUGGAAAUCAUCAUUCCUUCCAUCCUUUACAAGACUGGGAGAUAAGGAGAUCCCAUCUUUAAACACAGAUACAACACCAAAUUUGAUUAACUGGAAACCACACUUAGAGAAAGUAGACAGUACGGCAGAGGUCAAGAUAAAACGACCAGAAAUGAAGCCUGAAGUAAGCGUACACAAGUAUGAAUAG